ACGAAGGUUUUUGCUUAUGGCUAUAAAUGUGAACCGUCAAAUCUAUGCGUCAAAUGUUAUGUCAAAAUACAAAGUGAGAGUAUCCACUCAGUUUUGAUGAGUUUUAUAUAAAUAAAAAAUUAAAAGUUGAAGACACGAAUUGAAGCAUGGCGACAGAAGUUGAAGAAACUAUCAAGCGAAUCCAAGCUCAUAAGGGUGUAAUGGGUGUCGUCAUCGUUAACCACGAAGGAAUUCCAAUCAAGAGUUCUUUAGAUAAUGCUACAUCAGUGUUGUAUGCUGGUUUAAUUGGUCAACUUACUGAGAAAGCAAGAAAUGUUGUCCGUGAGAUGGACUCAACCAAUGAGUUGACAUUUCUCAGAGUAAGAAGCAGAAGACAUGAGAUACUUAUCGCUCCGGAUCGCGAGUUUAUUCUCAUUGUAAUACAGAAUACAUCAGACUAGUCUAAAAGCAUUAACUAGAUCAUAAGGAAAAGUUUUAGUUUAUAUAAUUUAUGACAGAAGCAUUAUAAUCAGUUUUUGGUCAGGUAAACAUUGUUCAGUAUAACAAAGUUAAUUUUAAAUAUGGAUUACUAUUCAUUAAAGAGCAAGAAUAUUGUUAUGGAGAUUGGAUAAGUCAUCAUUAUAUUGUUUCAGAUACAUAACUCUAUAGAUGAGAUAUGCACUUAGCACUUUCUUAGAAAAUUGCAUUCGAUAAUUUAAAAAAAAUGAAUUGU